GCAGGUCCUGGAACCAAACAGGGAAUUGCUACCAGGGAGUUGAAGCACACUUAGACACAUGCCAUUCCACUGAAAAGUGAUGCAAAGGAGGAAGAAUUCUCAGUUCCUACUUAUAUAUUAGAUAGUGGGUCUCCUCAGAUCUGCUGGAGGGAAAAAGGAAGACAACAUUCACUAGUGCCAUCAUCUUCUCCUUCUGUUGUCUUAAACCACAAUGGAACAUCUAGAAUGAUGGAAUCAGAUCCGUUUUUAUAAAGAAGGGAAGAGAGGAUACUAACCUUGGAAGUUACUUUCUGGAUGAGAUUGUGAAGGACACCAUCUGUAAUUGCCCUUGGACAUUAUCUUCUGGGCUCCCUGGAGCUGAUUCAUCCAUAAACAUGACAAACCACACGAUGGUGACAGAAUUCACCUUGCUGGGCAUCCCUGAGACAGAAGGCCUGGAGAAUGUCCUGCUCUUCUUCUUUGCAACAAUGUAUGCCUGUGCCCUCCUAGGAAAUUUUCUCAUUCUUACUGCAAUCACUACCUCCCCGCGACUGCACACUCCCAUGUACUUUUUCUUGGGCAACCUCUCCAUCUUCGACUUGUGUUUCUGUUCCACUACAGCUCCAAAGAUGUUGUCAUAUCUCUCAGGAUGGGGUGGAGGGAUCUCUUUCAAGGGAUGUGUUGUCCAACACUUCUUCUAUCAUUGUCUGGGUUGUACAUUGUGCUUCCUAUACACAGUGAUGGCCUAUGACCGCUUUGUUGCCAUAUGCUUCCCUUUGAGAUACACAAUCAUCAUGAACCACAGAGUAUGCUGUGCCUUGGCCACAGGGACCUGGAUGAGUGGCUGUAUACAUUCCACUAUCCUAACUUCCCUCACUUUCCAGUUGCCUUACUGUGGCCCCAGUGAGGUGAGUUAUUACUUCUGUGACAUGCCUGCUGUUUUACUUCUGGCUUGUGAAGACUCCUCUCUAGCACAGAGGGUAGGUUUCACAAACGUUGGCCUUUUAUCUCUCAUUUGUUUCUUUCUCAUUGUUGUGUCCUACACUCGAAUUGGGAUCUCCAUCUCAAAAAUCCGCUCAACAGAAGGCAGGCAGAGAGCGUUCUCCACCUGCAGUGCCCACCUCACAGCCAUCAUGUGUGUCUAUGGACCAGUCAUCAUCAUCUACCUGCAGCCCAACCCCAGCCCACAGCUUAGUGCAAUUAUUCAAAUUUUGCACAAUCUUGUGACACCCACCAUCAACCCAUUGAUCUACAGCCUGAGGAAUAAGGAUGUGAAGGCAGCCCUGAGGCACGUAUUUCUUAAGAAAUGUCUCAGCCUGGAAGUAAAUGAACAUACCUAA